AUGCUGAUGUUGUCAUCAGGGAUUUACAUGAGCCUCUUGUCACCAUCUCAGGACCAGGAUGCCGCGGACUUGCUGGAUCUGUGCCCUCCAUGGAGCCAGGUGAAGCCCAAGUAUGCAGCCAUCAAGGCUAGGCUUGAUCAGCUGGAGAAGCUGUAUGAGCACUAUGAUCAAGAGAUGGAUGAGUGGGAUCAGCCAGGACCUCCAGCAGGACCUCUAUGGAGGAUUGAGAAGGAGAUCAAGAAGAUUGAUGACAUGAAGAGACUUGCAACAGAUUUCAACCAUGAAGUGAUGCAAUGA